AAGACCUCAAUUACACUGCAAUUGUUGAUAAGUGUAAGUCUACUGCGGUGCUCAUACGUAGCUUUCACCGCCGGAAAUCACUGCGAAACGGUAUCGUUUUCAGCUUCUCCGGUGACAGUGCUGCCCUAUUAUUACUACGUUUUGGGAUCUCGAAAUUUAAAAACAAAGAAGGUAAGGGUGAAGCCUUUUUGUGGAUCCGAAUCAAAAGGGUUGAGACUUUUUUUUCUUCCUUCCUGUUGCUAGUUUUCUGGGUUUCGAGUUUUGACCUUUUUUCUUUUCAAUCCCCAUAUAAUCUCUGGUUUAAGCAUUUUUGAGUUGAGAAAAAUGGGAGUGAAAGUUGCCACAACGUGUUUGCAAUGGGCUCAACCUUUUGUUCCCCACUCACCUUCUUCUUCUUCUCAAACUUUUGCUUCUGCAAUUUCUUCCUCAAAACACCGUAGAAUUAGCAGCAAAGGGUCUCAUAUUUGCCGGUUUGUCCGUAGGCUGGACCAAUCGGCACUUUUGGGUACCCAAUUGUUGAAUAUAUACAGAUCUCAAUCUUGUGAGCAGCUUAAGCCAAGGACCAGAACAAUUAGAAGGGCGUCUAGCACCAGUGCCAGCUUAGAUUCAUUUUCAGAUGAAGAGUUUUCGAAGGAGAUACAAGAAUUGGCCCGGAAAUUCCAGGUCUCAGACGUUGAAAAUGAAAAUCCCAGUAUUAUAAGUUCUCAGCGUGAAGUUAUUGCCGACUCUAUGGAAACAAGGUAUGAAAGUAUUAUCAGUCAUAGUCAUGAUAUCAAGUUUUUGGAGAACCAGAAGCCGUUUGAUCCUCUAGAACAAUCGGAUUGGCCUGAAAGAGACGAGAUAAUUCCUGCAAAUAUUGAAUGGAAGGCGAAUUGUGUGGAUCUCCCUUUCUCCCUUAGGAUUAUAAAGAGAAAAAAACAAUGGAAAGGUGGAUUUAGAGAAGCAGGAGAGUCAGCAUAUUGUUCUGUGAAAAAAGCAUUUUCGAAUAUGGUGUUCAUAAUUCGAGAGCUGCAAAGCUAUACUUUGCAGAUGAGGGAAAUGUUGUUUUAUGAAGAUCUACAGGGGAUCUUGGCGAGAGUACAAAAGGAGAUGCAUGCAUCUUUUGUGUGGUUAUUCCAGCAAGUUUUCUCACAUACACCAACUUUAAUGGUAUACGUGAUGAUACUUUUGGCUAAUUAUAGUGUUCAUUCUAUGGCUAGCAGUGCUGCUAUUGCUGCCACACCCUCACCACUCACAGAGACUGUUUCUACUUUAGAAGAGAGUCAUUUCAACCAAAGAUUUGAUUCUUCUGCAAUUAAGACAUUUUCAGUGUCGUCAUCAAGUGGAAAAGUUACUUCGAUUGGUGGAGGCAAUGGAGGUGGUGGGAGCUACAAGCCAAUUGCUAGUGGAAAUGAUGGUGAUGGGAGGUUUGACGGAAGGAUGUUUUCGAAUGGGAUUUCUUCAAUUGGGAGUGGUAGGGUCAGUGAAGAAGAGUGUGUAUCUGGGCAAGAAACAAGGGAAGAAGAGUUGCAGAUUUGGAAUUCAAUUGUAGAUGAGGCUUCUAAGAUGCAGGCUUCAAUGAGAGAUGAGUCCUUGGAUCAUGAAACCAUGCAGAGAUUUGUGUCUCCAAUACACGCAAAUAUUGAAGUCGAUGAUUAUGCAGAUUAUUUCAAAACAGAGCUGCUGUAUCAGAUGGCGCUAAACCAAGAACCGCAGAAUACUCUUUUGCUAACCAAUUAUGCUCAAUUUCUUUUCUUGGUCGCUCAAGAUUAUGACAGAGCAGAAGAGUACUUCAAGAAAGCAGCAGAGGUGGAGCCAAAGGAUGCUGAGGCAUUGAAUAAGUAUGCAAAUUUUCUCUGGCAAGUAAGGAAGGACCUUUGGGCUGCAGAAGAGACCUUUAAUCAAGCCAUAGCUGCAGAACCAAGCAACAAUUUUUAUGCAGCUAAUUAUGCUCAUUUUCUAUGGAAUACUGGCGGUGAAGAUACCUGUUACCCACUCGACGACUCCAAUACUGAUCUGUAAUCCCAAAACCGAAAAAAAAAGAUGAUUGAUUAAUGUGGAAGAUUUAGGACAAAAACAAGAACACAUGAAAAGAAAAAUAUAAUUGGUCAAGGAGAUACAAUUGAGAAAAAAUAAAUAAAGGGAUAACAACAAGGGUGUCCAAGAUGAUUUUGAUUUGUUACAUUUAAUCAACUGCUCACUUGGAAUUUCCCUUUGUUUGUUAAUUGCUGGACAGUGGUGGUUGUUGGAGACAAGGAAUAGCAAGGAGGGUGACUUGGAUUUGUUAAUUAACAAACCCAUAUCCCUUUACCCUUAAUUUCCUACUACUUUCUAGUAGUAAUAUGAUACAGCUCCUCUUCAAAUGUGUAAAUUCAGCAAGUCUUGGGCUUUUUAGAUCAGAGAAAACUGAAGAGGGUCUCUGCUUGGGAUUUUUCUGUUUUCUUUAACAUUUUUCCUUUUUUGUUUUUGCAUAGUUCACAUCGCCAAAUUGUAAUUAAACUUUUGUUAAUAGAUAAUUGCAAUAUCUUUUUUUAUGUGCAA